GGAGGAGGGGAGACGAGGGCAGCGGAGGAGGCGAGGAGCGCCGGGUACCGGGCCGGGGGAGCCGCGGGCUCUCGGGGAAGAGACGGAUGAUGAACAAGCUUUACAUCGGGAACCUGAGCCCCGCCGUCACUGCCGACGACCUCCGGCAGCUCUUCGGGGACAGGAAGCUGCCCCUGGCGGGACAGGUCCUGCUCAAGUCCGGCUACGCCUUCGUGGACUACCCCGACCAGAACUGGGCCAUCCGCGCCAUCGAGACCCUCUCGGGUAAAGUGGAAUUGCAUGGGAAAAUCAUGGAAGUUGAUUACUCAGUCUCCAAAAAGCUCAGGAGCAGGAAAAUUCAGAUUCGAAACAUCCCUCCUCACCUGCAGUGGGAGGUGUUGGAUGGACUUUUGGCUCAGUAUGGGACAGUGGAGAAUGUCGAACAAGUCAACACAGACACAGAAACUGCCGUUGUCAACGUCACAUAUGCAACAAGAGAAGAAGCAAAAACAGCCAUCGAGAAGCUAAGCGGGCAUCAGUUUGAGAACUACUCCUUCAAGAUUUCCUACAUCCCGGAUGAAGAGGUGAGCUCCCCUUCGCCCCCUCAGCGAGCCCAGCGUGGGGACCACUCUUCCCGGGAGCAAGGCCAUGCCCCUGGGGGCUCUUCUCAGGCCAGACAGAUUGAUUUCCCGCUGCGGAUCCUGGUCCCCACCCAGUUUGUUGGUGCCAUCAUCGGAAAGGAGGGCUUGACCAUAAAGAACAUCACUAAGCAGACCCAGUCCCGGGUAGACAUCCAUAGAAAGGAGAACUCCGGGGCUGCAGAGAAGCCUGUCACCAUCCAUGCCACCCCAGAGGGAACCUCUGAAGCAUGCCGCAUGAUUCUCGAAAUCAUGCAGAAAGAGGCUGACGAGACCAAACUAGCUGAAGAGAUUCCUCUGAAGAUCUUGGCCCACAAUGGCUUGGUUGGAAGACUGAUUGGAAAAGAAGGCAGAAAUUUGAAGAAAAUUGAGCACGAGACAGGGACCAAGAUAACAAUCUCAUCCUUGCAGGAUUUGAGCAUAUACAACCCUGAAAGAACCAUCACUGUGAAGGGCACAGUUGAGGCCUGUGCCAAUGCUGAAAUAGAGAUUAUGAAGAAGCUGCGUGAGGCCUUUGAAAAUGAUAUGCUGGCUGUUAAUCAACAAGCCAAUCUGAUCCCGGGGUUGAACCUCAGCGCACUUGGCAUCUUUUCAACAGGACUGUCCAUGCUGCCUCCGCCAGCAGGGCCCCGAGGAGCUCCCCCCGCUCCCCCCUACCACCCUUUCGCUACCCACUCCGGAUACUUCUCCAGCUUGUACCCCCCUCACCAGUUCGGCCCGUUCCCGCAUCAUCACUCAUAUCCAGAGCAGGAGAUUGUGAAUCUCUUCAUCCCAACCCAGGCGGUGGGUGCCAUCAUUGGGAAGAAAGGGGCGCACAUUAAACAGCUGGCCAGAUUCGCCGGGGCCUCCAUCAAGAUUGCCCCAGCAGAAGGCCCAGAUGUCAGUGAAAGGAUGGUCAUCAUCACCGGCCCACCUGAAGCCCAGUUCAAGGCUCAGGGGCGGAUCUUUGGGAAACUGAAAGAAGAAAACUUCUUUAACCCCAAAGAGGAGGUGAAGCUGGAAGCCCACAUCCGAGUGCCCUCCUCUACAGCCGGCCGUGUGAUCGGCAAGGGUGGCAAAACCGUGAAUGAACUGCAGAACUUAACCAGUGCAGAAGUCAUUGUGCCUCGUGACCAAACGCCAGAUGAAAAUGAGGAAGUGAUUGUCCGAAUUAUCGGGCAUUUCUUUGCCAGCCAGACUGCACAGCGCAAGAUCAGGGAAAUUGUACAACAGGUGAAGCAGCAGGAGCAGAAAUAUCCUCAGGGAGUUGCCUCACAGCGCAGCAAGUGAGGCUCCCACAGGCACCAGCAAACAACGGAUGAAUGUAGCCCUUCCAACACCUGACAGAAUGAGACCAAACACAGCCAGCCAGAUCGGGAGCAAACCAAAGACCAUCCUGAGGAAUGAGAAGUCUGCGGAGGCGCCAGGGGCUCUGCAGAGGCCCUGAGAAUCCGGGGGGCCAGGGAGGAGGCGGGAGGGCAGCCGUGCCGGGGCCCGGCCUCCCAGCUCCCCCAGGGCCUCUGCAGGCUUCCCAGCCAUCCACUUCACCAUCCACUCGGGUCUCUCCUAACCCCACCACGCUAUCCCUUCUAGUUGAACUAACAUAGGUGAACGCGUUCAAAUCAAAGCAAAAUUCACACCCUUUUCUUUUUGCGGAAAAUUGUCUCUGUACAUGUAUGUACAUAUUAGAAGGGAAAGAUGUUAAGAUAUGUGGCCUGUGGGUUACACAGGGUGCCUGCGGCGUUAAUAUAUUUUAGAAAUAAUAUAUCAAAUAACUCAACUAACUCCAAUUUUUAAUCAGUUAUUCUUUUUUCUUUUUAAAGAGAAAGCAGGCUUUUCUAGACUUUAAAGAAUAAAGUCGUGCUUUGGGAGGUCUAACGGUUUAGUAAGGAGCUUCAAGGCCACCCACACAAAAUUCACCCGGAGGGAAAUCUCGUCGAAAGGACACUCACAGCAGUUCUGGAUCACCUGUGUAUGUCAACAGAAGGGAUACCGUCUCUCUGAAGAGGAAACUCUGUCUCUCUUCAUCCCUGUCUAGCUCACACACCCAUUUCUCUUUGCUUCACAGGUUUUAAACUGGUUUUUGCAUACUGCUAUAUAAUUCUCUGUCUCUCUCUGUUUAUCUCUCCCCUACCCCCUCUCCCUCCCCAUCCUCUCCAUCCCCAUUCUUGUUAAUUCCCUCAUCCCUCUGUCUCAAUUCCCAUAUCUACGCACCCCCCAGGCAAAGCAGUGCUCUGAGUAUCACAUCACACAAAGGAACAAAAGCGAAACACACAAACCAGCCUCAACUUACACUUGGUUACUCAAAAGAACAAGAGUCAAUGGUACUUGUCCUAGCAUUUUGGAAGAGGAAAAACAGUAACCCAUCAUCAAACCAAACAAACAAAGAAAAAUUCCACAAAGAAAGAAUGUAUUUUGUCUUUUUACAUUUUGGUGUAUAAGCCAUCAAUAUUCAGCAAAAUGAUUUCUUUCUUUAAAAAAAAAAUAUGGAGGAAAAUAGCAAUUUACACGAGGUCGUUGGCCCAGGGCGUUAAAUUUACAGAUUUUUUUAACGAGAAAAACACACAAAAAAAAGCUACCUCAGGUGUUUUUUACCUCAGCACCUUGCUCUUGUGUUUCCCUUAGAGAUUUUGUAAAACUGAUAGUUGGAGCAUUUUUUUAUUUUUUUAAUAAAAAUGAGUUGGAAAAAAAUAAGAUAUCAACUGCCAGCCUGGAGAAGGUAACAGUCCAAGUGUGCAACAACUGUUCUGAAUUGUCUUCCGCUAGCCAAGAACCUAUAUGGCCUUCUUUUGGACAAACCUUGAAAAUGUUUAUUUAAAAAAAAAAAGUGACAAAGAAAAACAGAGAGAGAGAAUAUUGGAGAUGUCCUGAAUUUCAAUAGGGUACGCGCCAUUAGGGCUUUUUGCGCUAAAGGAUGAACAUGUACUGGUUUAUGUGAACAAGCCAUUUUACCACCAGACUGCAAUGCCAGUUUCCUCUACUGCAAACAGUGUUCUGUGACAAAAACAAAAACAAACAAACAAACAGAAAUAUAUCCAGCUAACAAGAUCCUGGUGUCUUGGUCUCUUAUUUUACUAAGUAAGUAUCGCCCAUCCCAAAGUGUCAGCUGAAUUCCACCUCUGAGGGACUUCAGGGGAAUGGGUGGCACAUACCGUCAGGACUGGGAAGCUACACUGAGGAGGCUGGUUUCUCCAGGCAGGUCUUUGGGAGAAGCUAAACUAGGUCAGUGGUGCUCAGACUGUGCUCCUCAGACCAGCAGCAGCAGUAUCACCUGGGAACGUGUUAGAAAUGCAGGUUCUCAGGGUCCACCUUGGGACAGAAAUUCUAAGGGUGGAGGGUGGGCUCGAGCAGUCUCCGUCAGUGAGCCCUCGGGGUGAUUCCGAUGUAUGCUGAGGUUUGAGAACCACAGAACUAGAGGGCUGGAUACUGACUGCACAGUAACUAGGUAAGGUCAUCCCCUAUCUUAAGAAACUUUAAGCCUGGCCAGGGAAAGAGCUAAUUUUUAUGUGGGGGGAAGGAAGAGGCUAAUAUGCCUGACAAUUUAAGGGAAGAGGUACUUCCUUCACCCCUCCCCAGAAGCCAAAUUCUAAGUAUGUCAGGAGAUGUGGUGAGUAGGCCUGGACAUCCCUUCUAUCCUGGUUAGUUGCCCUCCAACUUUGCCUCAAGACAAUCUCGUUUUCUCCAACAUGGAGCUAUGGAAAGGAAGAGGUUGUUUGCAAAUUGAAGAGGAUUCCAGCAUAGAGGGAGAACUUACUUAAAAACAUGAGAAAAAGGAUGGAUAGAAUAGAAAUUUGGAGAAAAGAGGAAAUGACUUCUAAGGGAAGCAGGGGAAAAUUGGUAACCUGGCAUCAGCUAGGAUGUGAAUGACUCGGUGACUGAGUAGACAGAGAUGGGAUAAGGACUUAUGGAGUAUGAAAGCAUUUGGCCUAGUCUUAUUCCUGCAUCCCUGGGGAAGGACAUGGGCAACAGAGGCAUCCCCAUGUGAACGAUGAUGAGAGAAGCCCGCAACUGUAGAAAUUCAGAGACCAGCCUAAAUUGUACAUGCAUCCAAAUCUUUCACUGUCUUAAAGCCUAAUGGAGAUAUCUUUGACCUGCUACUGCUAAUGUCUAAUACCACUGCUAGCAAACCCCCUGAUGUUUACUGUCAAUUGUUGCCGCCUUUUAUUUCCUCUCUACAUUCCCCUUAAGGUGCUGGUGAAUUAAAAUUUGAGACUUACCCCAUAUGCAUGUUAAUCUUCUAUUCUAGCUCACAUCAGCCAUGUAAGUCACUGUCUCUCUAGAAGCCAUGAGUGCUCUUAAUAGCUCUUGCUCUCACAGAAACAGCCAACAUGAGGGGAAACCUCAUGGAGCAACUAUAUUCUAACUUGACCUCGAUCCUCCUGUGUUCUCUUGUAAAAGCAGGGAUCCAAGGUACUUGGUUUGUUCCCAUUUUAAGAUCUAACCUAAUACCAGAUGUGGCUGACAAUAUAAACAGUGAAGAAUAUUCCCAUUUGCCUCCAGUAACCUCUAGUGAUCAGGGCAAACUCUGAAUGAAAAACCAAACUCAAACAGAGCAGUUUAUCUGUAAUUGCAACAAUUCCUAACACGAAAGAUUCCCCUGACCUCUGUGACUCCUGAAUGUCCCUGAUUCUCGAUAGCUACAAAACUGCUUCCAGUCACCCUUACUGAACCUGGCAAAACCUUUUCUCAACUCUAAAUUCACAGAACAGCAGUAUUGGGGAAGGAUUUUCGAGGUCAUUUGGUCCACUUUCCUAAUAUGGAAUAAUGUCCUCUAUACUCUCUCCAAAGUCUGGCCACCCCCCGGCCAGGGGAAACGCGGCUCCUAAGGCAGACAGUUCUGUCGUCGCACAGUCCAGCCUCGUAGGUCUUCCUUCCAGUGAUCUGAAAUCUGCUCACCCCACAACCACCACACACUGAAUCUGCUACAUGUUACUUAGGACAACUCCCCUAAUGUUUGAAGACAGUUGUCUAGUUCUCCCUUUACUCAGUUCCUCCAGUCAUCAUCCCUCAUCGCUGGGACUUGCUUUCCCUCGGCUCUGAAAAAUCAUUGUGAAGGAAUACAGCCCCACCUCCUGCAUCCUGCACCUUCGAAAGCCCCAGUAACUGGCGGUCAGCAUGGGAGGCCUUGCUCAGCAAACAGAGCAAGGGGCUGUGAAGGGAACUUAACCAGGGUGUAGCUCAGCUUUGCCCUAGGGCAGGCCUGAAGGCAGGGACGGGUGCCUCUUUCCCUGUACCAGAUCUCUACCAGUCUCACUUUCUCAUCAGGAGAAUAAGAAAGCCCAGGCCCAGACGUUUUCUCCCUGGUUGCCUGUACACUAGCUAAAUAACCUUGUGCACAUCACAGCCUCUUGGAGGCCUGUCUCCUCAUCUGUAAAAUAAAAGUUUG